AUGUCUUCGCCGCCGCCCAUCCCGUCGCUUCCGCUGCCGACCGUCACCACCGCGCCGCUGGCCUUCUCCACCGCGCCGCUGCCCUCCCCGUCCGCGCCGCUGGUCGCAUCCUCCGGCGCCGCCACCACCCAGAUGACGGCGCCCUCCAUCGCACCACCGACCGCCGUCUACUCCCCGGCGGAGAUCACCGGGGUCCUCAACGAUCUCGUCACCGCCGUCCAGGGGAUACGGCUAUACCUAGCCGGCCCCUACGGGCCGCCGCCGCCCUUGCCGCCGGCCGCCGCGACCGGGCCAGCCGCCCUGCCGUGGUAUUCGGCACCCGCGGCGCCGACCGGGCCUCUACACCAUCACUGGCCGCUUCAGCCGCCGCCCGCCGCCGCGCCCCAAUGGCCGCAGUGGCCAGAGCCGGCCCUCGCCGCGUCACCCACGCCACCCGGGUCCUCGCCGCCACCGCCCUGGCAGCCCUGGCAGCCGCCGCACCCCGUGGCCACCGCGACACUGGUCGGGCCGCUGCAGCUACAGCCAGCCCCCGCCACCGCCCCGAUCUGGCCACAAUGGCCGGCCAUGGCCAUCGUCGCGCCCGCCGCCUCCGCCGUUUCCAGGCAGCAACAGCUGCCGCUGCCGGCGCCUCUGCCGCCCAGCACCGGGCUGACUACAACCGCGUCGGCGGGCGUGCCGAUUCAACAAGUGCGGUUCCCGCCCUCACCGUCCCAGCUUCCGGCCUGGUUGGCCGGGACGUCACCGCCGCCAGUCUACACCAUGGCCACGGACCAGCCGGCGCCCUCCCUGCCGUACGACGGGUCCUCCGGCUCCGCGGGUUUCCACGCUCGCUUCGAUGGGCCACCGCUUUCCUGUGGACCACCUGUGCACAUCGGACUAACGCCAUCCUCUUCGCUGCUCCGUACCGCAGAGCCGUACACUCACGGCGGUCAUGCUCAGACACCGCCGCGCUUCGCCAAGCUCGCCUUCGCCACCUACGACGGCGCCUAG